GCUCCCGCUUCCGGUCGGCGCGGCGUGUGCGGGAUGGGCCCUAGGCGUCCCGGCCCCGUGAGGGACCACCGGACCGCGAGCGACCGCCGGGCCGUCCAGGACACCGGCGGCAGCAGCGCCCUCAGCAAGUGCUCGGCGGCUGCACGGGGCUAUUUCCAGGACCGGUUCCUGCGGCUUCUGGCGGGGCGGCGGCGGCGGCGAGCGCCGCUUAUCCACCGGGGUUAUUACAUCCGUGCCCGUGCUGUAGAUCACUGUGUUCAGGACUUCCUGCUGAAGACACAAAACCUAUCCAGAACACAGAUCCUAUCUUUAGGUGCUGGCUUUGAUUCUUUAUACUUCCGUUUGAAGGAUAUGGGCCUUCUGCAUCACACUGUGGUAUAUGAGGUAGAUUUCCCAAAUGUGGCAUACCAAAAAGCUACUCUGAUCAAAGGAAUGAAGGAAUUGUCAGCACUGGUGGGAGACACUGGAGGGGAAGGAUUAGGAGCCAUUACCUUUUCUGGAGAGGAUUAUAAAUUACUGGGAGUGGAUUUAUCAGAGCUGUCUGAGCUGCAAAGAACCCUGGAGGAAGCAGGACUGAACAAUGAAAUCCCCACCCUCUUCAUCGCAGAGGUGGUGCUCACCUACAUGGAGAACACCAGGUCAGAUGCCUUGAUUCAGUGGGCAGCAGAGCAUUUUCCUCAGGCAUGCUUCCUGGUGUAUGAGCAGGUGCACCCAGAGGACCCCUUUGGACAUGUCAUGCAGCAGCAUUUCAGGCAGCUGAACACUGCCCUGCACUCACUGGCACAGUACCCUGACUGUGAGGCUCAGCAGAGGCGCUUUCUGGGGAAGGGCUGGACUGAGGUCAGUGUCAUGGAUAUGAAUGAGUUUUUCACCUGUUGUAUUCCAGAAGAUGAGCAGCAAAGAGUGCAGACUCUGGAGCCUUUUGAUGAGUACGAGGAAUGGCAUCUGAAAUGUUCUCAUUACUUUGUGUUGGCUGCAUCGAAGGGCAUGGAACCUUCCUGGACUCCAUUGUUACCCAGUGUGACAGUACCUCGUCAUGCUGGUCCUGUUGGGAUGGCUGGGAGUGUCCCUGCAGCAGUAUGUGCAAGACUCUCAGGAAUUCCUGGUCUGAGACGUUAUGGUCACCGCUCUGUUCUUGUAAAACCCAAUGUGAUUCUUACCACGGGAGGCUUUGGGGAGGAGCAUGGACAACACUGCCGCAUGAGAAAUUUCCAUGUGCUGAGUAAGCAUGCAGGCUACUGGGAAGCUGUCUGUGUGACACAGAAUAUUCCUGACAAAAGAUGGGGUGAGAGGUUGUACCAUACCGUGUCUUGUCUCUCAGACACUCUGGCCCUGGUGGUCGGAGGACGAACAUCCCCAUCAAGUGCAGGCUUGGGAAUGUUGUGGCUGAAGUUCCCCGAAACCUGUAAUGCUUCAGGCCCAGAUGACGUGACAGUGGAGCUUGUAAAUCUGCAGCCUGCUGCUGAAGCAGCAGCUUUGCGUUGGAGACACAGCACAACUGAAAUGACCUUCAAAGGUGAGCAGUACUUGUUUGUGUAUGGUGGCCGCUCUGCUCUGGAGCCUGUGCUUGGGGAUUGGUGUUUCCUACACACUCCAGAACUCUCCUGCACUGUGAUUGCUGUUGAGGGUCCAGUCCCAGAAGGCCGCCACUCUCACAGUGCCUGCAGCUGGGAAGGAGGUGUGCUGAUUGCAGGAGGUCUGGGAGCAGCUGAGCAGCCCUUGGGUUCAGUUUUUCUUCUGAGGGAGCUUGAACAUGGCUUUCAGUGGCAGACAAUAGAGACACACCCUGCUCUUGUCCCAAGGUAUUCACAUACUGCGCAUGUGCAUGAGGGAAAGCUUCUGCUCGUUGGUGGAGUGUGGUUUCAUGCAUCCUCUGUGCCAGGCAUCACUGUCAUUGACUUAAUGACUGGUCUCUGUUUGGACUAUGUGAUUAGUGUGGAGCACCUGGAAUGGCCAUUAAUGCUACACAAUCAUAGCAGUGUCUUUCUGCCAAAUGAGAAGGAGCUGUUGGUUAUUGGUGGUGGUGGAAACUGCUUCUCCUUCGGGACACACUUGAACCCUGUGCCUGUCUCACUGAGCCUCAGCAGCAUCCUGAUCGGUCACUGAGUGAGACCAAGCAGGGCUGAACCAUGCUAUUCCACUAUGGGGAGACAUCUGUUCACUCUAGAUCCAAAAGCAGCACGAUACUUCCAUAAAGGCUUUGUAUCCAGAAUGCAUUUGUGAAGGUGGGAUCAGAAGGGACAGUUAAAACAACUGGCUGUUGCGUUUUUACGGCUCUUUGUGUUGCUGUAAAUAAAAUACCUCAAAAACAGCUGGCAGCAGUAGUCCUUAGAAGUGAAGAACAGUGUGGUUUGGGUUGGAAGGCACUGUAAAGAUCAUCCAACCCCCCUGCCAUGGGUAGGGAAACCUACUAGACCAGGUUACUUCAAGCUCCAUCCAAUCUGGCCUUGGACACUUUAAUGGAUAGGGCAGCAACAGCUUCUUGGGGCAAACUGUGCCAGGGCCUCACCACUCUCACGGGGAAGAAUUUCUUCCCAAUAUCCAGUCUAAAUCUAUGUCUAUCUAUGUAAAUCUAUUGUCUCAAUGAAAAACUGUUCCCUUGUCCUGGCUCUCCAGGCCCUUGUAGUCUCUCUCCAUUUUUCUUGUUGGCUCCCUUCAGUUACUUUGAGGCCACAAUUAGGUCACUCCAAAGCUUCUCUUCUCCAGGCUGAACAAUUCCAAUUCUCUCAGCCUUUCCUAUUAGCAUAGAGGUGCUCCAUCCUGUUGAUCAUCCUGGUGUCUUCUAUGGACUCUGUCCAUCAGUUCCAUGUCCUUCCUGUGCUGGGACCCCAGAGCUGCAGGCAGCACUGUGGGUGCGAUCGUACUAGAGCAGGGCAGAAGUGAAGAAUCCCCCUGCUCCCUGGUUGCUCACACUGUGGGAUCAGCCCAGCACAGAGGGCCAGGGCAUGUCCAGCCUCUCAUUCAACAGCAUCCCCAAGUUGGUCUUGGCCAGGGCUCUUCUUGAUCUCUUCAUCCCCCAACCUGGUUUGAUACUGGGAGUUGUCCUGAUCCACAUGCAGCACCUGAACUUGGUCUUGUUAAACCUCAUGAGAUUCCCACAGGCCCUCUUCUUGAGCUUGUUCAGGUCUCUCUGGAUGAUAUUUGGUCUUUCAGGAUGUGGAACUGCUAGAAUGAGUCUAGAGGAGGCCACAGAGAUGCUCAAAGGCUGGAACCUGUCUGUUCUGGAGACAGGCUAAGAGAGCUGGAGGUGUUCAGCCUAGGGAGGAGAAGGAGAGACCUUAGAGCCCCCAACUUCAAGAGAGCUGGAAAUAGACUUUGGACAAGGGCCUGGAGUGUCAGGAUGAGGGGAAUGGCUUCCCUCUGCCAGAGGGCAGAGAUGGAUGGGAUACUGGGGAGGAACUGUUCCCUGUGGGGGUGGUGAGGCCCUGCACAGGUUUCAUGGAGGAACUGUGGCUGCCCUUUGUCUGGAAGUGUUCAUGGCCAGGUUGGAUGGGGCUUGGAGCAGCCUGGGACAGUGGAAGGUGUCCCUGCCCAUGGCAAGGUGAAUGAUCUUUAAGGUCCCUUCCAACCCAAACCAGUGAUUGCUCAAUGACUGUCUGACUUGAAUUCACAUCAGUUGUUGGGUGCAGAAAAACCGUUAACAUUUACUUCAUUUUUUUUUCUUCUCUGUUUCUUUUCUCUCAUUCAGUAUUUUUUGAAUUUGUUUCUAUUUAUUAAAUUAUCUCACCUUACGAGUUUCUUUCUCACUUUUUUUUUCUUACUGAAUUGCCAGCUAGGGUUAAAGCACAAGACCCUUUCCCCAGCUCCACUGCCCUUCUCUGGACACACUCCAGCAACCUCAAUAUCUUUACUGUUGUGCAGGGCCCAAAACUAAAUACAGGAUUCCAUACACCAACCUCACCAGUGCCCAGCACAAGGUACAUGAUCACUGCCCUUGUAUUAUGGAGUCUCAUAAAAUUGAGACAAAUAGAUCUCAAAAGAGAUUUUAUGAAGCAGUUGACCUCCUCCUGCUCCCAGCAAUUACAGAUCCAACAACUGAAAACAGAUCCAUGAUGUCAAAUGAAGGUGUUAUGACCUGACUGACUUAAAAAGUCCUGAAGGUUUCAGCAGAGCAACAUAGAAUGCAUGGUCAUUGUGCCCAAGGCAGCAAGGGCUCUCUCUUAGUCUCCUGUGGGCUCCUGGGUAUCCAAAAGGGGGUUCUGACUGCCCUGGGAUGACACACAGGGGGCUCUGACUGCUCCGUGCUGUCACAAAGAGGGGUCUGGCUGCCCCAUGAUGUCACACAGGGGACUCUGCCAGGCUAUAAAAGGGGCCCCACAGGAGCAGAUAGUGCUGGGCACAACAAUCUGGCAGUGUCUUGGCAGACAGCAGCCUCGGCCUCUGCCAUCCCACCAGGGUUGGAUUCCCCUCACUGGAACCCUGCAGGUCUCUGGGGAACCUCUCCACCGGCCUGUGCUGGUAACCUGGAGUGCUACUGACAGGGCCAUGGGGCUCCUCAACAUCUUCACCAUGGGUGAGCUGGUGGCAAUCACCAUGGCGGUGCUGCAGCUCAUCCUGGUCACUGUCAUGCUGCGGGACAAGUGUCUGUGGGUAGGUGGCCUCUGAUGUGCUGUGUGGGCUGGGCUGGGCCUUGCGGGUUUGGGGUGAGUCGGUGUGGCGUGUGUGGCACGACAAUGUGGAGCAUUCUGGGGAGCUGCUCUUGUCUCACCCAUCUGUGGUUCUUGCAGAGGAUCCAUCACAACUCGAAGCAUCCAAGCACAGCGAAAGGCCGGCUGGAGGGGCAGAGCAACGUGGACAGGGCACAGACAUCAGCAGACAUGGGGCUGCCCCAUGGCAGCUCCCCACGCAGCUCCAUGAGCUCCAGCAGGCGUUUCCCCCGGUUCAUCCGCAGCUGCCGGGACUCCCAGGAGCUCUUCGAGGAGCACCGCAAGGAGCUGGAGGCACAGCUAGCCCAGUGGCGAUGGGGCAGGGGGAGUGGCAGGGUGGUCCACACUGAUCUGCAUGCUAUGCCAAGGCUGCUGGGGGCCAGAGAGUGUCCCCAGCGCCUUGGAGUGGAGUUGGCAAGGCCAGACAUGAACAAGGUGACAGAAGAGGUCAAACAGAAGAAUGUAAGAUCAUGCAGCAGCAACAGCUCCACAGUGCUGGAACACAGAAGAUCUGUGGUGAUAGCCAAGUUGCUCCCUAGACUAGUAGUGAUCAUGAAUCCCAUUGUAUUGGAAAGCAGCAGCAGCAGCUCCAUGGAGCUGGAAUACAGCACCAGCACUGCUGCUGGAAGGUUCCUGGGGCAGCUUCAUGCCCGCCUUCAGAGAUGCCUGACAGCCUGGCAGACACGCCGUGUUCAGCGCCGCUGGUGCUUCAGCAUCCGCUUCAAGUCCCAGUGGUGGCGGCGGUGCUGGACCCAGUUGAGAAAAAAAGUGUAGUGAGAAUGAGUAGUCAGGGAGGGAUAGGGGAGUAGGGAGUUUCAGGAACUGCCUGGGACAGCUGAAUCCCUGGGCCUCUAUGGAUCCUUCUGGCAGAUCCUGUUCUCUACAAGUUGGCUGAGGGUCCCCUCCUCCAGGUCACUGAUAGAACCAGGACUGGUUUCAGUGAUGCCUAGAGGAGCUCCACUGGUGAAUGAACACCAGCUGAAUUAAACUGUCCCCUACCACCCUCUGGGUCUGGCCAUCCAGACCCUUUUAUACGGUGAACACAGUGGACCUGUCCGAGCCAUGGACAGCCAGUUUCUCCAUAAGAAUAGUUUGGGGAAUGGUGUGUCAAAGCUUAAAAGCCCCAGUAAACAUCAUCACCAGCCUUUCCCUCCUUCACCAAGCAGGUCAAUUUAUCAUAGAAGGAAAGCUGUGGACAAUCCAGGAAACUUCACUGCACCCUGCUUUAAGGGUAGAAUAAAGGACCCUGGGAACUACCAACCUGCCUACCAGCCUUCCCUCUGUGUCUGGGAAGAUUCCCACUUUGGAAUCUGCUCUUCCCCUGAUUCUUACCCAUUAACCCUCAACCCUUUCAUCACCACUGUCAAUUCCUAGACAGCCAAACCAUUCCCUCAUACACAGGGCUAUCCCCCACUGCUUCUCUUUCCUUGCUGAGCCCUUCUGAAGAGUUUAUCUCCUCCCAAUUGCAACACCAGCCUAUUUGCUGACAGGAUGGUGUGAGGAGCAGCAAAGGCCUUGACACUCAGCACUGAUUGAAACAUCCUGGGGUUAUUGACAGUCUUCAGCACAAAUCCAAACCACACACCCAAUGGAAGAAAUUGAACUCUUCCUGCCCAGCUCAGCAUUUAUCUCCAGCCUUUAUUAUUCCAUGUUGUGUAUGUCCUGCUCAGGUCCCACACCAUCACAACACAUCCUCACCACUCCUUUGCCCGUGAAAUGUCUAGGAAUCUCCAUCAAUCUCCAUCAAUCUCCAGAGCUGGGCAGUCCUGUGGAGUCACUGAGGCGGAGGGUGAUGGAACUGGAGGAUCCUGUAGAGCCAGACAGGAGAAGCAGCUUGAUGGGGCUGUGCAGCACUGUCAGUUGCUCUGGGCAGAAGUGAUUCCUCAGAUCUUCUGCUUUUCCCUUUUUAAAAAUGGGAGUUGUAUUUCCUUUUUCCAAUCAUCAGGGACUUUUCCUAAUUGCCACGAUUUUUCAAAAAAUGAUGGAUAAUUUCUUAGCAACUUCUGCUAGCUCCCUCAGGACCUGGGCAUGUAUCUCUUCAGGUCCCAUGACUUGAGCACUUUCAGGUUCUUUAGAUGGUCUUGAAUUUGAUCAUCUCAGUGGGCUCAGGGUGUUCAUUCUUCCAGUCUCUGCAUUUGCCUUUCUUAAUGCGAGCAGCAUGGGUGGAGCACUUGUCAUUGAAGACUGAGGCACAGAAAUCCUUGAGAACCUCAGUCUUUUUGUCCAGGAUAGUCAGGUCUCCUGUUUCCUUCUGGAGAGGGCCCACAUUACCCCAGCUCUCUUGCUUGCAACGUAUCUGUAGAAGCCCUUCCUGUUAUCUUUAAUAUCCCUGUCACUGCCCUCCUCUUAAUCUUCGCCCACAAGCUCUCAGCUGGUUCCUCAUACUUCCCCAGGCAGAGUUCCAUAUCCAUAGAGGGCUACAUCCUCUCCUCAUCUUCCUAGCCUGUCUUUGCUAAAAAGCCUAAACCCUUCCAUUCCAGUGCUCGAGUCAUAGGAACCAUCCCACCAUGUCUCUGUGAUAUUCUGCUUUCCUCUUCACUUGUUGGUCGUUGCCAGUGCUUGCUUUUAUUCAAAUAAGAAAAUUGCAGAGGAGUUUGGUUAAAAAUGGCUUUUCAUUUGGAGGUGAUGAAAGACCCUGAAACUGUUUCUUCUGAUAAAUCCAUAAAGGUGGGAUGCUGUAUGAAGCUCACUGCUGUAACUAGCCAUUAACUUCCAUUGAUAUUUUAACUAUUAAUAAAUAUUACUUUUAUAA